AUGACGUUGCUCAAGCUGGAUGAGCGAUUUUGGUGUACGUACUUCCCGACAACCCUUGAUGGCAACGCAGGCACGUGGUUCAAAACGCUCCGCUCAGGCACCAUAAACAACUUCGGCCAACUAACGUACUUUUUCCUCACGAACUUUAUGCAACUACAAAAGUACAAGGACGACUCUCACUCAAUCAUUGGCUGCAAGCAGAAAGAAGGGGAAACGGUGAGAAAAUAUUUCAUGAGGUUCACGAAUGCCACGCUAGAUAUCCCUAGGCAUGACGAGGGUCUGAUAGUUGGGGCCUUCACGUGGGGAAUCUUGUCAGGACCCCUAUCCCAAAAACUCAUGGGCAAGAAACCGCAAACACGAGCCGAGUUAAAAGAGAAAGUAGAGGGGUACUUGAGGCAAGAGGAAGGAGUGGCGAUGAAGCAGGCAUACUUAACCAUCAUGGCGUCUCUCGCGAAACACUAUAGUCGAACCCGCAUAGAAACGUUGGGUGGAACUAGGCAUUUCGGGCGAGGAAAGCGCUUACAAGGACGCUUCAGGUCAUUCGCUAGAGAUGACAGGUGGAACCGCCAACCAGACAUGUAUGUAGUGGCAGAUAAGUCACAGACGACAAAAGUGACAAAAGGACGGUACUGUGAGUACCACAAGAGCAAAACACACGAAAUCGUCAACUGCUCGGUCCUAAAGAAGGAAAUGGAGGAAAAACAGUUAAAGGGAUACCUCAUCGAAAUAGCAUGGAGCCUCCGACCCAAAUUCAACACCGAAAAUACCAAGGACACAACAAGAGAACACGCCCAUCCCAAGGAAAUACUCAUGGUGCAUGUCAAAAGGGGACGACAUGAAGAGCAAAGCGAUAUGACAAGCAUCACGACAAUAACACAAGGACUCACUUUCUCAGCAAGAGACCCCAGGCCUAAAGGUUGGAAGAGCGAUAACCCACUUAUAAUUCAAGCAUCCAUAAAGAACGUAACUAUUCACAGGCUAUAUAUCGACACAUGCAGUUUAGCAGACAUAAUUUACGAACAGUGCUUUCGCCUCCUCCCUGAUAAAUGGAAGGAAAACCACAAACCCACCACAGGAAGGCUAGUGGGUUUCAUGGGACAUAGCAUAUGGCCCCUAGGCACAAUCCACCUACCUCUCAUGCUGACCAUCCACGACAAACAACGAAGGAAGACAGCUCUAAUCGAUUUUUUGGUGACAUGA